CCUCCCACCUGCGCGAGCGAUGCGAUGCGCCUGAUCCUGCGCGAGCCGUUUCAUCUGACAGACGAAUUUGUUUUUGAAAUUAGCCGCAUAAACGUCAAAAUUUUGAUGUGAUUGCGGCCAAGAUGGCUCACAGAAUCGACGAUGCGCCUUCCUGAGAUCUAAUUAUGACUGAAGACGAGUUUUAAUCGGCUCGAGGAUCGAUGGAGAGACUUUAACGUCAGAUUGAACCGCUAAGGUGAAACUCUGAUGAAUAAUGCCUGGGAAGUUAAAGGCGAAGAUUGUUGCCGGGCGGCACUUGCCCGUCAUGGAUCGUGCCAGCGAUCUCACAGACGCCUUUGUGGAGGUCAAGUUUGGAAACACAACGUUUAAAACGGACGUGUACCCCAAAUCCCUGAAUCCUCAGUGGAAUUCGGAGUGGUUCAAAUUUGAGGUGGAUGAUGAGGAUUUGCAAGAUGAGCCGUUGCAGAUAACCGUUCUUGACCACGACACAUACAGUGCUAAUGAUGCCAUAGGAAAGGUGUACAUCGACAUUGAUCCACUGCUCUGCAGUGAAGCUGCUACCGUCAUCUCUGGCUGGCUCCCUAUCUACGACACCAUUCACGGUAUACGAGGGGAAAUCAAUGUGCUGGUGAAAGUGGAUCUCUUCAAUGACCUGAACCGCUUUAGACAGUCUUCAUGUGGGGUUAAAUUCUUCUGUACAACCUCCAUUCCCAGAUGUUACCGGGCCGUUAUGGUACAUGGCUUUGUGGAAGAGCUUGUGGUAAACGAGGAUCCAGAAUACCAGUGGAUCGACCGUAUCAGAACCCCUCGAGCUUCAAAUGAGGCCAGACAGAGACUCAUCUUUCUCAUGUCAGGUGAAUUGCAGAGGAAGAUAGGUCUGAAGGUGCUGGAGAUGGGAGGGAAUGCAGUAGUGGGGUACCUACAGUGUUUUGACCUAGAAGGAGAAUCAGGCCUUGUGGUUCGUGCCAUCGGGACAGGCUGCACACUUGAGAAAAUCAGCACACUCCCUGCCACAGCCACACACCCCAGCAACUCCUCUCCUUCAAAAGACAUGAAAGACUCUCCGCAGGCUGCUCCGUCCACUCUCGGAUGUCGUUCCACACACAGCAGUCCAGUUCACAGUGCGAGCAGUCGUCUUUCUCAGGGCUUCUCCGUUUCCGUGCCAACACUGCUGUUCGCCGGUAUGAAACCCAGACACAGGAGCUCAGAAGCCCCCAGAGCCAGGCAGUGUAGGCCAGGGUUUGGGGAGGAGGCCCCAGGCGUCCCGUUAUCCUCAGGACCCCCCAACCCUCUGAGAGCACAAACCUUCUCCUCCUUCUCCCCCUCCAAGUCCUACAGUCGCCAGUCCUCCUCCUCUGACACCGAACUCAGCCUAACCCCCAAAACCGUGGGGAUUUUUCUGUGUCCCAGUACUCCCGCCCUUGAAUCUGAAUCAUCUCCCCUCCCCUCUGCCCAUCUGCCCCGUCACUUACGGCCAGGGAUGGCCUCCAGGAGUACAACUCCUCCCCCACUCCAUGUCAGCCAAUCAGACACAGCCAUGCUGAGAAAGAGCGUGUCUUUCAGUGAGGAACUGCUGCUGGCGGCCUCUGGAAUGGGAAGUGGUGGCAGUGCAGGGAAGGAGGCGGGCCCUCUUAAAGCUCUUCUGAGGCAGCAGACCCAAUCAGCACUGGAGCAGAGAGGGGUUUCAUCAUCCUCUGAAGCAUUUGUUAGGACAGGGGAAUACCCUUUCUUCACGUUGACCGCCUUCCCUCCCGGAUUUCUCCUUCAUGUGGGAGGCGUGGUCAGUGCGCGCUCAGUAAAGCUUCUGGAUCGAAUACACAACCCAGCCUUGGGUAACACCAGAUCAUACAAACUGCUAGACUGGAAUAGUUUCACUGCAGAUGAGCCGGAGACACGCGAUGCAUGGUGGGAGGAGAUUCGUCAGGAAAUAAAGUCUCAUGCCAAAGCUCUCGGCUGCCACGCUGUGGUGGGGUACAGCGAGUCCACCAGCAUCUGUGAGGAGGUGUGUAUUCUGUCAGCUUCAGGCACCGCGGCAAUCCUUAGCUCCCGGUUCAUGCAGGACGGCCCGCUGGACACCGAACACAGGUUGUCACGGCAACCGCUUUGUGUCUUUUCUACAGGGUCAGAGAGGGUCGAGGGGGAUAUGGGUAGUUCAGCCUCGCUAGGAUUUGAGGAGGUCGUGUCCCCUGGCUGCGGGUUUUGUCACAUACCAUACGAUGAGUUGAAUAUACCAUUUCCUGCUCAACUCACCUAUUGCUACUGUUGUCGCCGCUACAAAGUGCCCGAUGUCCUCUUCACCACGAUUGACUUGCCUAAUGAAGCCAACGUCACCGGGAAGGGCUGCCUGAUUCAGGCCAGGCUGUGCCGGACUAAAAAGAAGGCGCAAGGAGAAGGGAACGCCACAUCGAUUAGCAAUCUUCUGCCAUUUUUAGAGUACGAACUCCACACGCAGCUGAUGAACAAACUGAAGCUACGAGGCAUGAAUGCUUUGUUUGGUCUGCGUAUCCAAAUAAGUGUUGGAGAGACCAUGCUGCUAGGAUUAGCGUCUGCAACAGGAGUUUAUCUGACAGCUUUGCCCAGUCCUGGAGGAAUCCAGAUUGCAGGAAAAACUCCCAGUGACAUCACAUACGAGCAGCAUAUCUCUAAUAUGCAGAAGAAAAUCAAUGACACCAUCACUAAAAACAAAGAACUGUACGAAAUCAACCCUCCUGAGGUUGUCGAAGAGAUCAUUGGUUCGCCGAUCCCUGAGCCCCGUCAGAGGUCUCGCCUCUUUCGUUCUCAUUCAGAGAGUUCAGAUGAGGUUUCAGAACUAGACCUAUCCCAUGGGAAAAAGGAUGCCUUUGUAUUGGAGAUUGAUGACACUGAUGCUGUGGAAGAUAUACAUGCCCUUCUGACGGAUUCCCCCACCCCAGCAGGAUUCUACAGCUGCAACACUGAAAUAAUGCCUGGGAUUCAGAACUGGACUUCAGCUAUACAGAUGUUUACCUCUGUGAGGGUCUUCCGCCUUAACAACGCCAACUUAACCAAUCAGGGACUGAAUAAAAUUUUCAGUGACCUCUGUGAGAAUCUGCUGAAGAGUUUGUACUUCAAACUACGGUCAAUGGUCCCCUGUUGUCUUUGUCACUUGAACUUCACCGUAGCCAUACCUGAAGAUGAGCUCAUUCAGGUGGCGGUGACAGCUGUGGCAAUGAGCUUUGACAAAGAGCAACCUUUGGAGAAUGGCAGACAAAGUGGGGAAAAGACACUGAUAAAGGCCAUAACAGAAAAUGAUGAGCAGCUUCAGUUCAAUCUGGAGCUCAAUGCUGAAACUACUUCUCCCAAUCCUCUCAGUUCCCCCAAAGGUCUAUCAGAGGUUGGCAGCCAUCCGUCAGCCAGAGCCCCCUCAGUUGAUUACAGUUCCUUUGCAGACAGAUGCAGCUCCUGGAUAGAGCAGCUUAAACUGAAAGCUCACACCAUAAGACGCGGAUCGGUUAAAACAACAUCAUCUCUGGAGAAGGCCAGCCCGUUGCCUGAAGGUCGCUCUCGUUCUCUUCGUUCAAAUCGUUCCUACUCAGGCAGUUCUGUCGCAGUCGUCAAAAUGACCCCACUCUCUUUCAUUCCUGGAGCAAAGAUCAUCAAAUACCUAGGCAUCAUCAACAUGUUCUUCAUUAGAGAGACCACCUCACUCAGAGAGGAGGGAGGUGUGAGUGGGUUUCUGCAUACGUUUAUUGCUGAAGUGUUUGCGAUGGUUCGUGCCCACGUCGCUGCUCUUGGAGGAAAUGCUGUCGUCUCCUACAGCAUGAAGGAGUGUGUGUUCAUGGAGAACCCCAACAAGAACCAGGCGCAGUGCCUAAUCAAUGUCAGUGGGGAUGCUGUUAUUUUUGUCAGAGAAUCUGAACUCGAGUCGACUUCAGUACAGCCACAGUCAGCCACCACAAACACCUCCAACGGCGGGGAAGGAACGUGAACUCGCAUACACACACACACACUGACAAACUCUCAAGUAAACGAGUCUUAACAUGAACCAUGCCAUCUAACGCAGUGUCAGGCUUAAUCUACCAACCAAAUCUCCAAAAACAAGCAAAAAUCUAAGUUGGUUAGUUCUCCAAAGUGUCAUAUUCUAGACUGGCCAAUAUUUUAUUUCAGGAUAAUGUGUUAAAAUCCCCUCCGUCAGACGCCUUUCAGAAAGGUCAUCUGCCAUGUUUUUAUAUGUUGGCCGUUGUUGUUCACAUUCCAUUUUGUCCAAGUGUGGCGGAGGCAGCUACCAAAUUCAAAAGGUCUAUAAAAUUUGUCUUUGUGUUCGCAAAGAGUGUGUAAAUGUGUCAACAGCUCUUUAAAUGGCCAUGUUUUGUAUUUAAAUAAAGGAAUAAACUACUGAUGCACUCUCAUGGACAUCCAGUUCAGGAUUUUAAAUACUGGUUUUAAAUAAGACACUUCCUGUCACGUCCUACUGAUCUCUUUAAAAUCAUGUCAAAUGCUGGAAACGUUUGUUUGCUUUCAUGUGCCACAAUGUAUGCUUUUUUUUUUCUUUUCUUUUUUUUAAAUCAUGUUUGGGUCGGACUUCUGCAAGGCCGAUCCGGUUCUCUUGCAUGUGCAAUGCCAGUUAAUCAUUUCGAGAAAGAGAGGUUAUUUUAGGGCAGAGUUGUGUUCACCGUGGACUGACACUUGAAUGUACAUAUGACGGGUCUGGAUAUGAGGUUGGCGGCUCUGUUCAUGUGUUGACUGACUUUUAAUGCUAUUAUUUUGUAUAUGUGUUUGCCUGAAGACAAAUCAAAAUUGCACAUUAAUAUGAUAUAAUUGAAUAAAACUAUUAUUGCUCCAG